UAUGGCCGCACCUAUUGCACAUUUCGACGACGACUGGCCGAAUUUGGGUGAUUUGAACAUGGUUUCAGAGCAGGGGCUGCUGCCGCGGAAAGGCCGUGCCGCCGCCGCCGCCGCGGGGGAAGCGGCGGCGAAGCUUCUCCUGGAUGAUGAUGAUCUCUUCGAGCUGCACGACAGCAGCUUUUCCCCGGGGGAAACCGGUGCUUUCAGGUCCAUGGAGGACCUGGUGAACGAUUUCGAUGAGAAGUUAUCCGCGUGCUUCCAAAAUUUUAACACCAAGACGGACAGCAUCGCUCCCGUGAGCGUGAUCGCGGAGGACACGCUGCUGGAGAAAGACGAAAUCUGGAACGCUUUAACCAAUAACUAUGGGCAUGUGAUGCCGGUGGACUGGAAACAGUCUCGAACAUGCUCCCUCCACGUCCCCUCAUUCAACCUGAAGGAGGCAACUAGGAAGACUGAUGUCGCGGCGGAGCUGUCGGACGAUGAGGAGCUGAGGGAGCAGCUGGACAUGCACUCCAUCAUUGUCUCCUGCCUUGCAGAGGAGCCCCUUUUCACAGCAGAGCAGGUUAUUGAGGAGAUAGAGGAGAUGAUGCAGGACUCGCCUGACAUGGAGGCAGAGCACAAUCCCUCUCAGUCGGACCUCUCGAUGCUCUCACUCGACGUGCAGCGGUCCACCAGCAGCCCCAGCUACGAGCAGAGGGUGAGGACCCUGAGUGUUGCAGAGCUGAACGAAUGUCUGGAGGAGACGGAGACGAACAUCAGAAGGUUCUCGGAGGAGCUGGUGCAGCAACUGGCUCUCAGGGAUGAGCUGGACUUUGAAAAAGAGGUGAAGAACAGUUUCAUCUCAGCGCUCAUCGAUGUGCAAAACCGGCAGAAGGAGCAACGCGAGCUGCUGAAGAAGAAGAAGAAGCUUAAAGGUGGAGCUGGGACGUCGCAGGGCCACGCUGAGAAAACACUCGGAUCACGCUUCAGCAUGGAGGGACUCUCCUCCGUCAUUCAAAACAGCUUCCGGCAAACUUUUGGGAGUGGGUGCAGUGAAAGACAGUAUUUGACCACAGUCAUCCCUUAUGAGAAAAAGGGACACCCUCCUUCGAUUGAGGACCUCCAGAUCCUGACCAAGAUUCUACAAGCUAUGAGAGAUGACAGUGACAAGGUGCCCGGUCUCUUAACAGACUAUAUUCUCAAAGUGCUUUGCCCAACGUAGACCAGAGGGAUGGUGCCUAAUUCCCUGCAGAGGCUUCACAUAGUUUACCAUGGCAACAAGAUGAAGAGGACUCAUUGUAAUUUUAUUUUUUUGGCAUACAUGAAGCACACUUAAUUUAUUCCUGCAUGUUUUUACCUCAAGAUGUGUUUUUUUUUAAUUGUGUUGUGUUCUUCAUUUAGUUGUAUUUAUUUUAUGUGGAGUGUUGUGAUUUUGCAAACUGUUAGUGUUCCUGUGAACUUUUGACUUCUUUUCAGUGUUUUGAAUUUUCUUGCACUGUGAAAAAAGAACUCUUAAGAUGCUAAAUUAUAUGAGAAAUAUACCCAGAGGGAUACACCAGCAUAGGAGCUUUGCUUGUUGGUGAGAAGUAAGAGCGAAGCUGCGAUGCAAAGGGCUUUGUAUUUAUCUCAAGUGCUUCUUAUCCACUGAGCAAUGAACAAAUGCACAAAGCAUGUUGAACACAGAAGUAAUAAUGAAAAAUGCUUGAAAGCAUCAAGGCUGUAAAACUGAAGAGUAAAAUUAUGUAUAGCUUUAUUUUUGCCCCAAAGGGAAAUUAAGUAUUCCAGUGUUGGAUAGGAGCGGGAUUCAGAGAAUAGAAAAAUACAGAUUAAUAACAAAUAAAUGAGUUAAACAAGAGAAGUGCGUGCAUAAACAUCCUAUAAUUCAACACGUUCUUCCAUGUACCUGCAGACUGUGUACUCUUUACUCUCCUGUGUUGUCAUCUCAGCAGUACACCACAUACGUACAUCAUUAUUAUUCUAUGGAAGAUGAAGCCCUGAUGGUCAAGGGGAUGUGGUCUGGACUGAAAUUAACUAAUCGACUAACUAACUAUGCACUCCACUGAAUAUUGAAUUGUGACCCAACGCACUGUCUGUACUUUUGUGACGCUGACGAGCUCUGAAUCACAGACCCGAGCGUCGACGUGCCUGCUGUGCACAGGGCAGCGUAAACCAAGACUGUGACUGGGCACUGUUAUUCUCUAUGUAUUUACAAGCUGCCUUUGCUGUUGCCUGAACUUUUGUACAUUAUAAAUGACUUAUUUUCAGUGAAUGUCAUAUUUACUGUUCUACUUACAGAACCGGCUUCCUUGUUCAUUUAUUUUGUAAAUAUUUUAUUUCAAAUAUAUUGAUAAAAUCA